AACGAAAACAGCAAUCUUUCAUUCAAAACUCAUAGUUUGAUAUACACAAAAGACAGAAAAAUUGUAACUACAGGCAGGGACAAAUAUAAACCUCUCCACCUUUGUUGUACUUCAAAAUUUAUUCCGGACUUAGUCGACCGACAAUGCUGUUUGCAUUCUGGAGGAACGUGGUGAAGGAGCAUCAUCUCGAGCAGAUAUCGCCCAUCUGGAAGGAUUUGAAUGCAACAUUCGUGACUGUCCUCAGCUGGAGCUGGCUCAUCUACUCCAUUGCCUUGCUGGUGAUCUCCGUGUGCUGCUAUUAUGCAUACCGUGAACGCUGCCGCCGGACGGAGACCAUGCGACGUCGUCGAGUGAUUCAGCAUGCCGAGAAUCGACCCCCUCAAAAGCGUCGACCGAAUGCUGCCUAUCGCGAUCACCAGAUCUAUCGCUUUAUCAUCCUGAGCGUUGCCAAAUACAUGAAGAAUCCGGAGGUCAUUCGUCCUUUCAUCGAUCACAUGGAAAAGCUUUAUCCUCUCAGGCAUUCCCUGGCCGAUCAGCAGCAAAUGGACGAGCUCUCGCCGAAUGUAAACGAUCCAGAGCCAAGCGUCGGCGAGGAUUGAGGGCUCAGAGAUUCAAUAUCAAAGAUAUAUCAGCUCCCAUCGAAAUUACUGUUACAACAUAAUCGAAAAAUGACCCAGCGUUUAGGUAAUAAUAUCAGAAGUUAAUUUUUUAUAGAUACAAAAAUUUGGUAAACUAAACCAAUAGGAAUAAACUUUUGCACCAAAUACCAA